AAAUUGCAGUCCCCUCUGCUCUCUCUCAUUUCCUCGCUUCGAAAUUUGGGGCAAAGCAGAGAUGAGAGAGGAGGUUAUCAGCUCCGGAGGGACCAUUGACGCUGCUCCUGCGGCGAGUUCUGCUGGGGCAUCCUCACCUGCUGUUCCUACAAAUGUUGGCAGUAUAGAUGGUUCCAGUCUUGGACAUGGCUCCAAAGCGGCUUCUUUGUCCUGUGUUGGUUCACAACCACCAUGGACUUCCUUGAGCACAAGUGCUGGUGGUUCAGCUUUUGGAUCAUCAAGACCUUCAUGUAGACCAUGGGAAAGAGGGGAUUUACUAAGGCGCUUGGGUACCUUCAAGCCUUCGAAUUGGUUUGGGAAGCCUAAGGUUGUCAAUUCAUUGACUUGUGCACAGAGAGGUUGGGUGAAUGCUGAUGUUGAUAAAAUUGCAUGUGAAUCAUGUGGUGCAUACUCGAUUUUCACAUUGUUACCAUCUUGGACCCCUGUAGAAGUCCAAAAUGCUGCUGAAGCCUUUGCCAAACAGCUGGAUUCUGUACACAAAGUCAAUUGUCCUUGGAGGGGAAAUAGCUGCCCGGAAAGCUUGGUGCAGUUUCCUCCAACUCCUCAGCCUGCCCUUAUUGGGGGAUAUAAGGAUAGAUGUGAUGGACUUCUGCAAUUUCAAUCUCUUCCCAUUGUGGCUGCAUCUGCAAUCGAGCAAAUGCGGGUUUCUCGGGGCCCACAGGUUGAUCGCUUUCUGUCAGGGGAAGUAGAUAUUAGAACAGAGAGUAUACCAGAACUUGAAAGCUCUCACGAUGGCACAUUGUGUGCAUAUUCUCGUGCCCAGAAGCUUAUAAGCCUCUGUGGAUGGGAACCAAGAUGGCUUUUAAAUGUUCAAGACUGCGAAGAACAUUCCGCUCAAUCAGCUAGGAAUGGUUAUUCUGUUGGCCCUACCCAGGCCCAGGUGCAUCUAUCGCAUGAUCCUGGAGCAAGCAAGAAACCACUGUCUGCUGCAGCUAAAAAAGAUACUGGGAAGAAUAAAGUGUUAGUUAAGGACUCUAGAAGCGAGUUCAGGUCACCUUUGCUAGAUUGUAGCUUAUGUGGUGCCACAGUUAGGAUAUCAGAUUUCUUAACGGUUUCUCGACCUGCUCGGUUCACUCCCAACAAUAUUGAUAUUCCUGAUACAAGCAAAAAAAUGGGAUUGACACGUGGAGUAAGUGCAGCUAGUGGAAUUAGUGGUUGGGUUGCUGCUGAUGAUAUGGAAAGAGAACAUACUGAAGAUCGUGAUGAAGUCGCAACGACGAACGAUGGGAAAUUGAUGCCAAACCCGGAUGUCGAUUUGAAUCUUACAAUGGCAGGGGGUUUACCUUUUAUUCAAUUGGGCAGGACAACAUUAUCUGAAAAUAUUCUUGAUGCAGAAAUGGGAAGGGACCUAGUAAUUGGGCAGCCUGCAGGCAGUGAGGUUGGUGACCGUGCAGCUUCAUAUGAAUCACGGGGUCCCAGUUCUCGUAAACGCAGCUUGGAGAAAGGUGGAAGCUCAGAUUAUAGGCCAAACUUAAGGAUUCAGCAAGCUGAUAGCGUUGAAGGCACUGUCAUUGAUCGUGAUGGUGAUGAAGUCACAGAUGGAAGACAAGAUUCAGCUGGGCCUUCAAAACGUGCUCGUGACUCUGAUGUUUUUGAUACAUACUGUUCAUCAUAUCAUAGAGAUUCAUCUGGUGCUGGUCCUAGCCAUUCAAUGGGUUUUGAAAUUUACACAGAUGGUAACAGAGUGACUUCGUUUCGGCAAGGAAGUGACCAACUUAUAGGGAUUCAAUCGGCCAGGGAUUCUACACGUGCAUCAUCGGUCAUUGCAAUGGAUACUGGUUGCCAUAGUGGAAAUGACUCUAUGGAAAGUGUUGAAAAUUAUCCUGCUGAUGUUGAUGAUGUUCAUUUCCCCUCUUCUAGUAUAUAUGGUAAUCUGGACAUUAAUGAUACAUCAGAAUUGAAUUAUAGUAACCAAGCUCAGCAGAGCAUUGGUUUCCAACCAGCUGCUCCAGUCCGUGGAGAAAUGGGUGUCAGUAGCACGAACGAUGGGGAAGAAAUUUUCAACGCAGAAACUGUGACUGCUCAAGCCAGGGAUGGGCUUAGUUUUGGAAUUAGUGGUGGAAGUGUUGGGAUGUGUGCUAGUCAUGAGGCUGAAAUUCACGGGGCUGAUGUAUCUGUCCAUAGAGCAGAUAGUGUGGUUGGUGAUGUGGAACCCAGAGUUGAAGAUGCUGAAAAUCAGGGUCAGACAGGUGAAUCUGCUCCAGGUCCUGGACUAAUGGAUGAGAUUGUCCCCGAUGAAAUUAACAGGGAAGAUCCCCAUGGAGAUAGCCAGGAAAUGCUAUCUCGAUCUGUUGGAAGGGCUGAUAGCAGCUCAAAAAUUGAUGGUUCUGCUAAAACUGAAUCAGUUGAAAGUGGUCAAAAGAUAAGUCAAAGCGGCAAGUUAUUACCAGAGAACAAUGUGCCUCCUUCUCUUUCUUGCAAUGCUAAUGUGCUGUCUGGUUAUAAAACAACCAAGAAAGAGGUUACAAAUGCCGGUAAAUCUUCUUUUACAAACAACUGCGUGUACCUAGAGUCAGAUAAUGUGGUUGCAAAUGGUCUAGGGCCUCCAAAAGGGGAGAGUAAUUAUGAAGAACCUAUGGAAUUUGAUCCAAUUGUCCAUCACAACCAGUUCUGCCCUUGGGUGAAUGGAAAUGUUGCCGCCGCUGGUUGUAGUAGCUAUGGUUCCAGCACCAGUGCUGAUACUAUUGCACUUUGUGGGUGGCAGCUGACCCUAGAUGCGCUGGAUGCUUUGCGAUCAAUGGGAAAUGUAGCAGUUCAGACAGUACAGUCUGAAUCAGCAGCAUCUUUGUAUAAGGAUGAUCACCGGACUCGCAGUCAAAAGCUCCUUCGCCACCACUCUAUGAGCAGAAGCCAUGGGCAACAGUGAUAUUCAAUCUUAAGAGUGAAGUCCUUCCCAAAAAGCACAAGAUCAUUUUAACUUCAUGACGUGAUUGCUCAUGGCUCCCAAUAAAGUCGUGUAUCUUUCUCAAGUAAUCUUUAUUGCACUAGUUUUAGGUUGCUGCUUUCCGAGAACAAAUUAAUGAUUCAUACAUAUCUCUAACAAUUGAGUAAACCAAAUAUCCUGAACCUGCAACUUUAUUUCCUUCCUUCUAGGACACUCACUCUUGUAGUAAAUUUAAUGAAAUGUUUGUCUUUGUGGAACAUGAACCUGAUGCACCUAAUUGUAUAAUUUAUAAAUAAGGAGUUUUGGUCUAA